UAUCCGGUUAGUGUACAAAGCAGGCGGGCUCAGUAGUUGUUCCGUUUUGUAAUUAUGCCAUUAAGAAACGCGGCUAUUUCAAGGCAGAUGGGGUCUUUGAAAAAGCGACCUCUGCAGCUUUAAAACAUGGUGAAUGGUUGUUUUAAAUUACAGUCCACGUGAAGAUAGCGCGUUUCUAUUGAUUGCCCCUCAGUGUUGGCUAACGCGCACUUGGGCUGUGCAGUCUGGUUCUGCAGUUGUGAGGAUGCUAGAUGCUGCUUUAAUUCAACGUCAGAUCAAGUUUGAUCAAUAUCCCCCUGCUGGCCCAAUUGGAAGAGCCUUAUUCACAAUCAUCUCUGGUCCUCCCGGUGUACCACCAUCUUUGGGAUACCUCACCUAUUUUUUUUUUUCAGUGGCAGAGAAUUUGAUCCGCAACCCAGCUUGCAUCUCAACCUGACUGGGGCACUGUGAAAGAAAAAGAAAAGAAAGGAAGGACUGAAGAAAAAACAAAGGAUUGUCUCAGCGUUGCAAGGCUGUGAAUACAUGCUUCUGCCUUUUCACUUUCGUUUUAGGAGUUGAAUUUAGAGGUUGGAGAAAAUGGGACGUAGUGUUGUACAGACUGUCUUUUUUCUAUUUUGGCUUGUCGGUAAAUCCUUUGGUGGCUUUCCUAACACCAUCAGUAUAGGAGGACUUUUCAUGAGAUCUACAGUGCAGGAGCACAGCGCUUUCAGGUUUGCCGUACAACUGUACAACACAAAUCAAAACGUGACCGAAAAACCCUUUAAUCUGAACUAUCAUGUAGAUCACCUCGAAUCAUCCAACAGUUUUUCUGUGACUCAUGCUUUCUGCUCACAGUUCUCCAGAGGAGUUUAUGCCAUCUUUGGCUUUUACGACAAGAAGUCAAUGAACACGCUCACCUCGUUCUGUGGGGCCCUCCAUACUUCCUUCAUCACGCCCAGUUACCCAACGGACGCCGAUGUUCAGUUUGUCAUCCAGAUGAGGCCAGCGUUGAAAGGGGCCAUCUUGAGUCUCCUCGCCCACUACAAAUGGGAGAAGUUUGUGUACCUUUACGACACAGAAAGAGGAUUCUCCAUUCUACAAGCAAUCAUGGAGUCAGCUGUGGCAAACAACUGGCAGGUGACCGCACGGUCAGUGGGGAGUAUAAGCGAUCCACAAGAGUUCAGACGCAUCAUUGAAGAAAUGGACAGGCGGCAAGAGAAGCACUACUUAAUAGACUGUGAGGUCGAGAGGAUAAAUGCCAUCCUGGAACAGGUUGUAGUCCUUGGAAAACACAGCCGAGGUUACCAUUAUGUUCUGGCUAACCUGGGCUUCUCGAAUGUUAGCAUGGAGAGGGUCCUGCAAGGCGGAUCAAAUAUAACAGGGUUUCAGAUUAUCAACCCUGAAAACCCAAUCGUUCAGCAGUUCAUGCAACGCUGGGUCCGCCUGGAUGAAAGAGAAUUCCCCGAAGCGAAAAACACUCCGCUGAAGUACACGUCAGCUCUGACCCACGAUGCCAUACUCGUGAUCGCUGAAGCCUUUCGGUACCUGAGACGGCAGCGAGUGGACGUGUCACGAAGGGGCAGCACUGGAGACUGCUUAGCAAACCCUGCUGUACCCUGGAGCCAAGGCAUUGACAUUGAGAGAGCUCUGAAAAUGGUACAGGUUCAGGGCAUGACAGGAAACAUCCAGUUUGACACCUUUGGUCGGAGAUCAAACUACACCAUCGAUGUGUACGAAAUGAAAGCCAGUGGUUCCCGAAAGGUGGGCUACUGGAAUGAAUAUGAGAGAUUUGUGUACAUCACGGAUCAACAGAUCUCCAACGACUCCUCUUCUGUGGAAAACCGAACGAUCAUAGUCACAACCAUCAUGGAAGCUCCGUACGUGAUGCUAAAGAAAAACUACGAGCAGCUGGAAGGGAAUGAGAGAUACGAAGGCUACUGUGUCGAUUUAGCUUCUGAAAUUGCGAAGCACGUUGGAAUAAAAUACAAACUGUCGGUUGUGGCAGAUGGAAAAUACGGUGCGAGGGACUCAGAAACUAAGAUAUGGAACGGUAUGGUGGGUGAACUCGUAUAUGGGAGAGCAGAUAUAGCUGUUGCACCGCUGACUAUAACACUGGUACGAGAAGAAAUGAUUGACUUUUCUAAACCCUUUAUGAGCUUGGGCAUCUCCAUUAUGAUAAAGAAGCCUCAGAAGUCCAAACCUGGAGUGUUCUCCUUCCUGGACCCAUUGGCCUAUGAAAUUUGGAUGUGUAUAGUGUUUGCCUAUAUCGGAGUCAGUGUGGUGCUCUUCCUGGUCAGCCGAUUCAGCCCUUAUGAAUGGCAUUUGGAUGACAAUGAUGAAGCUCGUGACCCCCAGACCCCACCGGACCCGCCAAACGACUUUGGGAUUUUCAAUAGUCUCUGGUUUUCUCUGGGAGCCUUUAUGCAGCAAGGAUGCGAUAUUUCACCAAGAUCCCUGUCAGGACGAAUUGUUGGAGGCGUGUGGUGGUUCUUCACCCUCAUCAUCAUUUCAUCCUACACCGCCAAUCUCGCUGCUUUCCUCACUGUGGAGAGGAUGGUGUCCCCCAUUGAAAGCGCAGAAGAUCUGGCCAAACAAACUGAUAUCGCGUACGGGACCCUGGACUCGGGCUCCACCAAAGAAUUCUUCAGACGGUCGAAAAUAGCCGUUUACGAAAAAAUGUGGUCUUACAUGAAAUCUGCAGAACCCACUGUGUUUGCCAAGACAACACCGGACGGGGUUGCCCGGGUACGAAAGUCGAAGGGAAAGUUCGCCUUUCUUCUCGAAUCCACCAUGAACGAGUAUAUUGAGCAGCGGAAGCCCUGUGACACGUUGAAAGUGGGCGGGAACCUCGAUUCUAAGGGCUAUGGUGUGGCGACCCCCAAAGGCUCAGCAUUAAGAACUCCUGUAAACCUUGCAGUAUUGAAACUCAGUGAACAAGGCAUCUUAGACAAGCUGAAAAACAAAUGGUGGUACGAUAAGGGUGAAUGUGGAGCCAAGGACUCUGGAAGUAAGGACAAGACAAGCGCACUGAGUUUGAGCAAUGUGGCUGGAGUCUUCUAUAUUCUUGUUGGAGGGCUCGGGCUGGCCAUGAUGGUAGCUUUGAUAGAGUUCUGUUACAAGUCCCGAGCAGAGUCCAAAAGCCUGAAACUUGCAAAGAACACUCAAAACUUUAAACCUGUUCCCCCAACAAACACCCAGAACUUUGCCACCUACCGAGAAGGAUACAACGUGUAUGGAACAGAGAGUGUUAAAAUCUAGUGUUGGUGGGCCAGCAGCUGCACAAACGUUAAGGGCGACAUCCGUGACUGGGAGCGAUGAAGAGAAUGGGGGGGGAAAGUGCCCCCCCCCCCCCCCCCCCCCUCCUUUUCCUGGGUGUCAGGCCUGGCACGAUAAUCGUUGAUGAAGCAACUGACUUGUUAUUUAAAAGAAGUGAAUUCUUCCUUCAGUGCCUUAUGGAACAUUCACAGAGUGACAACAGCAAUGCAACUCCUCACAGCAGUAUAUUGCUUUGCUUGAAAAAUUAAGAAAAAGGGAGAAAUAACACAUUUUUCUUCAAUUGGGAAAUCUUACUUUCUGGUUCGGAUAUUUCAAGAACAAAAGUGAUCAUUUGCUGCCCCUGCACAAUUGGACAUGCUAUUCAAGUGGACAACUGGAGAAUAUAUUUAAGUUAAGAAGAUACGAUGGGAGCGGAGGGAGUCUUCUUCCUUGGUUUAAAAUCUCCUCAUCUUCAUGCAGUUUGCUGACUUUAACAUCCCUUCGGCAAAGCAAGGCAACAUAUGGCGUAUUACAGAAUACUCUAGGUCCAACAUUUUUGUUUCACAUUACUACGUUCAAAAUAUAAUUUCUGUUGGUGUGAAAGAACAGGACACCAGUCUUGAGGCAGAAGUUGCUUUUAAAAUGUAUUAACCCAAAGCUAAUGUUAAAAAGUGGGGAAAAAAUGUUUUAUUUAGCCCCAAAGAAUUUAUGACCUGCUGACCGACUUGUAUAGAAAUUACAAAACUGUAAGUGUGAAAAAGGUGUGCAACUUUGUUUACAUCUAGUAAAGCCAACUGCAAAAGGAUGUUUUAGUGCACAGAAUUAAUUUGGCAUGCAAGCAAUUUCCAAACUUGAUUUUGUGCCAGAUAACUACUUAGCUAAUAUCAAAUCUGGGGAUUCAAAAGAGCACCUGCAUAUUAAUUACCUCUAAUGUCACAGCAUAUGGUUUUAUAGUGUUUAUAAGUGUACUCUCCCUGGCAGUCUCGCUGAUGAAAGGUCAUUUGAAUGUACAAGACAAGGGAUAUAUACUGGCAAGAACAAAGCGACAUCCAAUUCUGAAGCACUUGUUACACCACGUUACAAUUUACAGUGUUUGGGAUACAGAGAAGUAGAGCUCCAGUUGCCAGCUACCAUCGAGUUCAAAACUGAACUUGUGCUAAAUUAAUUUCUACAAGGACCUGCCAAUGCCUUUAUAAAUUUUUAUGUCUUGGCUUAGUUUUUUGUUUUUAAGAUGGACAUUUCUGAGUCAAGCUGUGUUAUUCUUUCAAGUUUUUUUUUUGUUGUGCAAAAAUUGGCAAAUAUUGUAAACAUGGGGGGAGGCAAGGAAAUGCUAUAACAUUUCACUCUAGAGAUACCACUGUUAAUGUGUUUGAUUUUCUCUAAGAAAAGUGAGAUUCCACUGUCUUUAAGAAAUGCCAAGAAAGAAUGAAACCGUGCUUUAUGAAUAGAGCUCAAAAAUAUAGUGGAAAGAUAGUUUUCUAUAAACAUUUU